GCUUGUUUACAACAUCCAGGAAAGGAAGUAGAAACCUCAAACCUUAUAAUUGAUUUCCUCUCAGACAGUUUUUUGUUCAUCACCACACUUCAAUCUAUGGCACUUGUGAGAUCGGCUCAACAAACCUCCUCUUCUAAUACUCCUCCAUAUUGUCGUUAUCACGUGUUCCUGAGUUUCAGAGGUGAAGACACUCGCAAGAAUUUUACUGACCACCUCUACACAGCCUUGGUCAACGCCGGAUUUCGCACUUUCAGAGACGACGAUGAGCUUGAGAGAGGAGAGGAUAUUAAGCGGGAACUGCAGAAAGCAAUCAAACACUCACAAACUUCUGUUAUUGUGUUUUCGGAAGACUACGCUUCAUCCAGAUGGUGCCUUGACGAGCUUGUGAUGAUCCUUGAACGCAAGAGGACCUCAGCUGACCAUGUCGUUUUACCUGUCUUCUACAAUCUGGAUCCAUCCUAUGUGAGGAAGCAGACAGGAAAUCUUGCAAAGGCAUUUGCUGGGCACCAGAAAACUCAACCGCUGAAGAAGGUGAAGGGAUGGAGAGAGGCACUUGCAGAGGUUGCUGAUCUGGCAGGGAUGGUCUUGCAAAAUCAAGCUGAUGGGUACGAGUCAAAGUUUAUCAAGAAAAUAGUUAAAGUGAUUGGAGACAAACUAAGUCGCACACCCUUAAGCGUUGCUCCCAACUUGAUUGGAAUGCAUUCUCGAGUUGAAACAAUUAAUUUAUGGUUACAAGAUGGGUCCCCUGAUGUCUGCAUACUCGUAAUUUAUGGGAUGAGUGGAAUAGGGAAAACAACCAUCGCAAUGUGUGUUUAUAAUUCAAACUUUGGAAGGUUUGAAGGAAGUAGCUUCCUUGAAAACAUAAAUGAAGUUUCACAGCAACCCAAUGGCUUAGUUCAAAUACAAAGACAGCUUCUUUCUGAUAUUUUGAAUGGGAGAAAAAUGAAAAUAAGCAAUGUUAGUGAAGGAUUAACUAAGAUUAAAGAUGCAAUAAGCUCUAAAAGGGUUCUCCUUGUUCUCGAUGAUGUCGAUCAUAUGGACCAAUUAGAUGCAGUACUUCGGAUGAAAGAUCGAUUUUGUUCAAGAAGUAAAAUCAUAAUUACAACUAGGCGUGCAAGAUUGUUAAAGGCUCAUCAAGUUACUAAGGUGCAUGAAGUUGAAACUUUGCAUUACAAAGAAUCAUUGGAGCUCUUUAGUUGGCAUGCUUUUGGCCAGGACCAUCCCAUUGAAGGUUACAUAGAAGAUUCACAAAAAAUAGUGGAUCAUUGCGGAGGACUUCCAUUAGCUCUUAAAGUUUUAGGUUCUUCUUUGUUGGGAGAAAGUAUAGAUGUAUGGAAAAGUGCACUGGAGAAGUUAGAAGCCAUUCCAAAUAGUGAAAUAGUAAAUAAACUAAGAGUAAGCUAUGACUCUUUGCAAGAUGACCAUGACCAAAAUUUAUUCCUCCACAUUGCUUGUUUCUUUAUCGGAAAGGACAAAGACUACAUUGUUAACAUACUAGAUGGAUGUGAUUUCUAUACAAUUGUUGGCAUUCAAAAUCUCAUGGAUAGAUGUUUGGUGAGUAUUGAUAAAUGUGAGAAGGUGCAGAUGCAUGACAUGAUCCGUGGAAUGGGAAGAGAAAUCAUUCGCCUAGAAUCAGAGAAGCCUUGGAAGCGUAGUAGAGUGUGGCAACAUAAGGAUGCUUUCAAUAUCUUGCCAGAAAAGAAUGGUACAGAUUCAAUUGAAGGCCUUGUCCUCAACAUGCACAUACUCCCUGGAAACAAUCACAUAAACUCAACGGAGAUAGUCUUGGAAACCAAUGCAUUUGCAAGGAUGCGUGAACUAAAACUACUCCAUCUUAAUCAUGUACAACUCGAUGGAUCUUAUGCAGAAUUUUGUACAAGAUUAAGAUGGUUGUGUUGGAAUAAGUUUCCUUUGGAUUCUAUACCCACAGAUUUUCCUUUGGGGAGCCUGGUUGUUCUUGAAAUGCAAUAUAGCCGCUUGAGUCAAGUCUUCAAAGGAACAAAACGUCUUUCAUCAUUGAAGAUCCUUGAUCUCAGCCAUUCUCAUUCACUUACAGAAAUCACCGACUUCUCAUUUUGCCCAAAUCUAGAGAAAUUGAUUCUUGUAGAUUGUGAAAGACUGGUUGAUGUCAAUGAAUCCAUUGGGAACCUUGAGAGACUUGUUUACUUGAGUAUGAAGGAUUGCAAAAAUAUUAGGAUGCUUCCAGAGAACAUGUGUAUGCUAAAAUCACUUAAAACACUUAUUAUAUCUGGUUGCACAAAUCUUAAUAGGUUAUCAAUUGAGAUAUUAAGGAACAUGGAAUCUCUGAAAGUGCUUAAGAUAGAUGAAAUCCAGAUAACUCAAGUAUGGCGAGGAAGAAGUACUUCAAGUGUGUAUUAA